AUGGCUACUUUGACUGCUUCUCUUGUUCUCCCAUCAAAGCUGAAGCCUUCUUCUCCAGAAGAACAAAGUUCUCUCUUCAUCUACAGAAGAAGAAGGCCCAAGAAAAACCAAUCAAUUGUUCCUGUUGCUAGGUUAUUUGGGCCAUCUAUCUUUGAAGCUUCGAAGCUGAAGGUUCUAUUCUUAGGAGUGGAUGAAAAGAGGCAUCCGGGGAAGCUUCCAAGAACUUACACACUCACACAUUGCGACAUAACUUCUAAACUCACUCUGGCCAUCUCUCAAACCAUAAACAAUUCUCAGUGGGGUGUCCUGAGAAAUUGGAGCUUCAAGUGA